AAGGUAUUAUAGUAAAAACUCCACAUGGUGAUUUAAGAAUAUAUUUUGUGUUAGCAUUAGUGCUGGGGGACAAUUUGGGAGUAAAUACUCUUUUAGAGUUCAGUAAAUCAUUUUCUGCUAACUACUUUUGUCGUUUCUGCAAAGCUCAUAAGUCAAUAACAAAACAUAUGUCUAUAGAAGAUAGCAAUUUGAUUCGUACAGUUGACAAUUAUUCAGUAGAUGUGCUAAGUAAUAACUUCAAAGAAACUGGGAUAUAUCAAGAAUCCAUUCUUAAUAGGAUAAAAAGUUUUCAUGUUACUGAUAAUUUUUGUGUUGACAUCAUGCAUGAUUUGUUCGAGGGAGUUUGCCACUAUAACAUGUGCCACAUAAUUAAAUAUUAUUCAGAAACAGUUCAAUUAUUUUCUUUGGAAAACCUAAACAAUAGAAAAUCUGCAUUUAACUAUGGGUCUUUAGAAGUGGGAAACUGUUCGCCGCCGAUUUUAGAUUCUCACAUCAAACACUUUCGUUUAAAAAUGUCUGCAAAAGAAAUGUGGACAUUUGUACAUUUCUUUUCAUUGAUGGUGGGAGAUUUAAUACCUCAUGAUGAUGAAGUUUGGAAGUUUUUUACUAAUUUUUUAAAAAUAAUUGAUGUCUUAUUAUCACAUACAUUUACAGAAAAUGGCAUUGUUUUACUUCAACAUUUAAUUAAAGAACACAACGAAAAUUAUGUUCUUCUAUUUAACGAUUCCUUAAAGCCUAAACACCAUUUUCUUGUACACUACCCCUCAAUUAUAAGGCAGUCAGGUCCUCCACGUCAUUUCUGGUGUUUUAGAUUUGAGGCAAAACAUAGAGAGAUAAAAACAUAUGCUCGUGUAACUUCCUCUCGAAAAAAUAUAACUCUUUCUAUAUCUAAAAAAUGUCAGCUUAAGUUUUCUAAUUUUUUGAUGCACCCUUUCAAUUCAGUCAUAAUUUGUGAAGAUAAACAUAAACAAACCCCUUAUGAAGCUAUUGAACAUGAAAUUUAUACAAAAAUGUCUUUAAGACCAAUUGAUUAUUCUAUGUACAGUGAAGUUCAGUAUAAAGGUACUACUUAUAAGACAAAAUUGUAUUUAAGUAGAUUUACAAAUGAUACAAUGUCAAUUUUUGAAAUCAAAGCAGCUUAUGAAGUACCAGUUGAAUUGCAAAUAAUUAAUGAAUUUGCAUUAGUUAAUAUUAAUGACUUUAGUGGACCUCCAAUUGAUAUUAUUAAAACAUCUACAUUUAAGUCAUUUGUUCGCUUAAAAGAAUUUUUUUAA